UAUGAGACUAGUGUUUUGUGCAAUCAAUCUUACUCUCUCUAACCAAUUCUCCAGUCCACUUUUCAGUUCUACAUUUAAAAAAAAAAAAAAUGAUUCUUCCAAGUCAUACAGAGAAUUUUCAGUUGAGCUACUCUUGUCACUUGUGUGUUCUCAAGUAUACUGUUUUUUUAUCUUUACUGGCCUUCUUUUUGCCACCCUAUGCUCUCUGCUCAUCUACAAUUCAGGUGGGAGGCAAUGAAACAGACAGAAUGUCACUGCUUGCGUUCAAGAAUAUGAUCGUUGACGAUCCCUCGAGGAUCAUGGACUCAUGGAAUGAAACCAUCCAUUUCUGUGACUGGCCUGGUGUUUCCUGUGGUCGUCGUCACAGACGAGUCACUGUUUUGGAUCUUAGUUCUCUGAAACUGAGAGGUACAGUUUCACCAAGUAUUGGAAAUCUGAGCUUUCUUCAUGUCCUUGAGCUCCAAAAUAAUAGCUUUUCAGGUGAAAUCCCAUCAGAGCUUGGCUAUUUACAUAAGUUACAGGUUUUACGCCUUGACAAUAACUCAUUCACUGGUCAUAUUCCUUCAAACAUUUCUGGUUGCUUCAACCUUUUUUCUGUUGUUCUUUCAUAUAAUAUGCUGGCAGGCAUAAUUCCAGCAGAAUUAGGCACCUUGUUGAAACUUCAACAACUUUUUCUUGUUUCUAACUACUUUACAGGAGGUAUUCCGCCUUCUCUUGGUAAUCUUUCUACACUUGAUAACUUUUCGGCAAGCAAGAACAAUUUGGUAGGCAAAAUACCUGAUGAAUUAUGCCAAUUGUCCAACUUAAAGUACUUUGUAGUAAACGAGAACAACCUGAGUGGAACCUUGCCUCCUUGUAUUUUCAAUCAUUCAUCUAUGGUUGCCAUUGAUGUUGGAACAAAUCAUAUAGAAGGGAAGUUGCCUCCAUUGUUUGGUAUCACUCUUCCGAAUUUGCAGUUCCUCAGCAUUCGUGGAAACAACAUAACUGGAAAUAUUCCAGUAACAUUAUCAAACGCAACAAAACUUGAGUUUCUUGUUGCUGGUAGAAAUGGGCUCACAGGAAAAGUACCGCCCCUUGGAAAUCUGCUGAACAUGCGGAGAUUUUUAGUCGCUUACAAUCAUCUCGGGAAGGGGGAGGAUGACGAUCUCAGCUUUCUCACCACAUUGGUGAAUGCCACCAGUUUGGAGCUUUUGGAGCUCAAUACAAAUAACUUUGGUGGAGUCUUACCUGCAUCUGUUUGUAAUCUUUCGUCUGAACUAAUAAAGCUUUCGCUGUCUUAUAAUCAGAUUUCUGGAAAACUCCCAAGAGGGAUAUCCAAUCUCAAGAAGGUAGAGGCUUUAUUUGGGGCUUAUAACAGAUUCUAUGGUGAAAUUCCAUCUGAAAUUGGGGAUCUAAUAAACCUGCAGGAGUUGGCUUUACUUGGAAAUCAGUUGUCAGGCCAAAUUCCAAUCUCUUUUGGAAAUUUAGCUUCCUUAACCAGACUCAGUUUAAGAGAAAACAAUCUCCAGGGGAGAAUUCCUUCCAGUUUAGGCAAGUGUCGCAAUUUGGGACUGUUGGAUCUUGGCUCAAAUAACAUUAGUGGUUUCAUACCAUCAGAAAUUCUUGAAAUUUCAUCCUUGUCAGAGGGCCUCGACCUAUCUCAUAACCACUUAACCGGGAUCCUUCAGAAGGAAAUCGGGAAGUUGAGCAAUCUAGGCUACUUAAACCUGUCUGAUAACAAGUUGCGAGGCCAAAUUCCUACCACUCUAGGUACUUGUCUGAAACUUGAAGCACUGGACUUGAACAACAACAACUUUCAGGGUAGUAUUCCUUCAACGAUGAAUAAUUUGCGCGGCCUGGAACUUUUAGUCCUUUCUCACAAUAAUCUGUCAGGUGAAAUCCCAAGAUUCUUGAAAGACUUCAAAUUUCUGCAGGUUGUAGAUCUGUCUGGCAAUAAUUUGGAAGGUGCAGUCCCAAUUGGAGGUAUCUUCAAUAAUGUUAGUAUUGUUUCUAUUAAAGGAAAUAAAAAUCUCUGUGGGGGUAUACCAGAGUUAGACCUUCCGGCUUGCAGUGCAGAAGUAAAGAAAGAAAAGAAAUCAGGUUUCCCCUUGAAAAUAGUAAUUCCAGUAGUCAGUGGGCUUAUAGGGUUGACAUGUAUAGUUUGUUUUCUUGGCAUUCGACAGUUAGGUGGAUCGAGAAAAGCACCAGUUACAGAUACACAUGAAAACUCGACCAUAAGAGUAUCUUAUCAGUGUCUCCUCAGGGAAACUGAUGGAUUCUCUGCAUCAAAUUUGCUGGGCAUGGGUGCUUUUGGGUCUGUAUAUAAAGGAAUUUCUGAAGACGAUGGUAUAGUUUUUGCUGUUAAGGUACUGGACCUUUCACACCAUGCAGCUUCCAGGAGUUUUUUAGCAGAGUGUGAGAUUCUGAAGAAUAUAAGACAUCGUAAUCUUGUAAAGGUGUUAAGUGCAUGCUCAAGUAUUGAUUAUGAAGGUAAUGAAUUCAAAGCUAUAGUUUACGAAUACAUGGAUAAGGGGAGUCUGGAGGAGUGGUUGCAUUUCAGGCCUGAUCAGGAGACACAUGAGCACAAGAAGCUAGGAUUUCUUCAAAGAUUAAACAUUGCCAUUGAUGUUGCCUGUGCUCUGGAUUAUCUUCAUAAUGAUUGCCAACCCCCAAUAAUUCACCGUGAUCUGAAGCCGAGCAAUAUUCUCCUCGAUGAGAACAUGAUUGGACAUGUUGGUGAUUUUGGUUUGGCAAGAUUUAUUCCACCAGCUAUUCACAGCUCUUCAGCAAAUCCAAAAAGUUCUACUGGUGUUGGUGGAACUAUUGGGUAUACACCUCCAGAGUUGGGUAUGGGAAGUGAGGCCUCAAUCUAUGGAGAUUUAUACAGCUUUGGAAUAAUGCUCUUGGAAAUGUUUACUGGGAAGAGACCAACUGAUGAAAUGUUCAAAGAUAGUUUAAAUCUUCAUAACUAUGCCAAGGCUUCUUUACCAGACAGAGUGAUACAUAUAACAGAUCCCAUUCUUCUCCAGGAAAGGGACCAACUAGGAAAGGAAUACAAACUUGUUAACAACAGAAACAGUGCCACUGACUUAUUUCUAUCAUUCUUAGUUUCGGUGAUUCAAAUUGGAGUUGCCUGCUCUGUAGAAUCUCCAAAAGAAAGAAAGAGGAUUAGUGAUGUCGUUGGAGAACUCAAUUCAUUGAGGAAGCUGUUCUUGGAGCAAGCAUACUGGAAACAACAGGUGUAAUGUUAGUCCGUCUCAUGUUUGGUGAUACGAGGCAAUCUGCACUAUGAAACAAGUUCAUGAGUUUAAGGUUCCAUCAGUUCACCGCCUAGUGAAAUUUUUUGAACAAUCACAUUUAUUUUGGUAACAUAUAAAACUACCAUUUUUUGUAGAUGAUUAUUUUAACUAUGUAUUACAAAAUGAUUUCAAACCUGCCACAAUAAGCAACCCCAGUAUUCAUGUUUGAGUGAA